UCGCGCCCGCCGGCCUCGACCCCCUUGCUCAUCACCACAUCACCACCACCAACCAACUACUGUACAACGAGCGAUCAGCGUGGGUGCGCGCGAGCUCCUACAUCUUGAUACCCACAUAGCGAAGCACAAUUUCCUCGCGAGCCCCUUGCACGCCAUCACCUGUCCGCUCCUGUGAGCCCUCAUCCUCCUCAAAUCACUCAUCUCCCCAUUUCCGCUCCACGCCCAAGCCGCGGCCGCUCCCCGUCGCUGCUCAUUCGUUAACACCUUCACACCUAGCCAUCUCAAUCGCCAUUCGCCCGGGCAUGUCUGUGGCUGCUCGCCGCCACGAGACGACGAUGCCACAUAAUCCACCACAGUAUCGCCAUCAAAGCGGCGGCAUGUCCUCGACGCCGUCCAAGAACGAGCGACUUGCUCAAGCCCUAGCAGCUCGCGAGACCGAGGCCCGCCUCCAUCGCAAAGGUUCAUCAGCUUCGUCCGCGUCCGAGGAUCAAUUUCGUGACGUGCAGGACGACUUCCCAGCAGGAGACGGGGAUGAGGGCGAUGGGGACCACGAUGGGGCUGCAUUCACUACGCCAUCAUUGGGACAAGGAGGGAAGCGCAGCAUCGAUACAGCGUGGGACGAGAGCGAGUUCCAACGCCAGGCUGCCGAUCGCAUGAGCAAGUACUCGAUGAUGACACGGUACGAUGGGGAGGGAGAAGGAGAUGACGAUGUCGAGGCCAACGAUGUCACGUACGGCCACAACCGUACAGGAUCAGUAGGCAGCAGCAUCUGGGCAGGACAAGGCGCCUUGUCGCCCACGUCCAAGGACUUUCCGACGACGCAGAAUGGCCAGAGCCCUGCUCGCGGUAGCACAAAGAAAAAGGGCGGCAACAAUGCCAACAUCGUCCCUCCCAUUCCCACCUCGAGCGCUGCUUUCCAACACUUCCGCAACGAAGGCGUCACCGCCUCGCCACCCUUAUUUGGCGACGACGACGGGCCCUUUGGUCGGCCCGACGAGGGUGAAGACUUGCGCUCCGCAUUCAAUACACCUAAUCCAGACGCAGACGAAAGCAGAUUCGCCUCGACAUCAUCGCGCUGCACUGCCCCCACUCGCGCGCUGCCUGCCAUCCCGAAUGGCAAGCCUGGCAAAUUGAGCGCACAACGCAAGGGCAGAUCGAAGCGGUCGCCGGUCCUCUCGUACGACGGGGCAGCAGAGGACGAAGAGCGUAAGAUCAGGGCAUCCGGUUACGAGGACGAGGACGACGACGCGAGAGAGCAGCUUGGCGAAGAGCAGGCACGUCGUGACGACAGUAAUGCCGCUCUGGAGCGACACAUCUCUCACCUUGGACCCAAGGUCCGCAAACACGAGCCUGCACCGUGGGAGAUGCAGGGGGACGAUGAAUCCGAGGCGGCGUCAUACAGGUCAUCUCCGAUGCCUGCUUCUCCCCAACCUCAAUCAGCUUGGGCGAAGCUGACACGCGGGUCGCUGGACGUGCGUGAGCGAGAGGCUACUGACGCUCGAAGAGGACUCGGCCUCGGCGUCAACCUCAGAAGACCCAGCGGCGACACACGGCGGCCAUCGCCCGAAGGCAGCGACAGCCCCGCGUACCGACAGAGGCAGCUCAGUCAGCAGAGCGCCGCAACCUCUUCGCGUCCUCGCCACCCACUUGAGCACUCCAGCAGUAGCGGCAGCGGCGGCGGCAUCCCAGCUCGUGAUGAAGCGCUCGUCAGCCAUCCCUCACAGGGGUCACUACCUUCGGUCGUUUCCAUGCCUACAACACCCACCGCCUCGUCCAACCUGACCGCAAGUCAGAGUGCGCACCCUCCGAUUCCUCCGAUCCCAUACAACAGUCGUCGCCCCUCUGACUCAGUGUACUCGACGACCUCUACCGUUUCCGGUCCAGGCACGCCAGGCAAACCGCGCCCGAGAACAAAGUCAGUCAGCAAGGUGUUGAAGGGGCUCGGCAUCGGCGGCAGCGGCGAGACAACCUCGCAGCACGAGGGUGGUACGCAGUCCAACAAGCUGGCAAAGGCGCUGAAGAAGAAGGGAGAGCGCAAUGAGCUCAGUCUCGCGCAGGGCAUCAGCUCGGACGACUUCAAGGAUCGUUCACCAGUCCCAGCAGAUGGCGAGCCCGAGUUCGACUUGGCGACGCUGCGCUCUGGAGCAAACAAGAACCUCGUCAAUCCACUGACAGGGCGGCCUUCAGCCACUGGACCUCUUCUGGGUGCUCAUCAGCCGGACGCAGGCCGAUCAACGAGCUCCCUAUCCGGCCAGAUACCAUCGAUUUCCACGGCAGAUGGAUCAAUAGACAGCGGCGUAUCAUACAGCAGCGCUCAGCCCUCUGAUGCUUCACAUCUUACGCGUGCUACCACGCACUCGGCCCUCAACAGUGGUGCCGCCGAUGCGAGUCAUUCAUAUUCCAGCAAGGCCACGAGCUACGGCACAGCAGACUCGUCGUCGACGAGCAAGGGCGGACUCGCUCCUGUCGACGCUAUGAGUCGCGGCAGCGUCAGCCCAUCGCCGUCUCGCCAAUUGUCUCCCUCCCCUGUAGGCUCUGCGUACGCUACACCGCCGUUGAGCAGCACUCACGCCGAAAGCCACGCUGCUAAGCGCCAGGAAAGUCUCGAAUCGACUAGGGGCCUCGCCGCCGAGCAUACGAUGGACACCAUGCGCGCAGGUUCGGCUACGCCCACAGCCAGCGGGAUCCUAGGCAGUCACGCAGCAAAAGCCCAGCAGAACAUCGAGCGUCGUUCCUCACCUCAGCCUCCGAGCCCGGCGAUCGAGCGGACCGCUUUGCCCCAACCGGGGUCACAUGAGGGGGUAAGCUACAAGCUCAUUUCCCUUGAGCAGGCUCAAGCGGAGGCGAAGGCUCGUCAGCAGGGCUACGCCCUCCAGCGCUCAGGCAGCUAUACUGGUGAGCAGGACUCAUCGACUUCAUCCUCGGGCGAGCACGGCCGCGUCUCAGCUGGGUCGGCUGCUAUGGCGUCGGAGCGAUCACAUUCAUCCCUCGGUGGUCACAGCGAGAGCGAAAGUGGUAUCAAGGGAGGGGUCGCAUCGUCGGGAGCAGGAGGUAAGGGCCUGAAAGGCAAGAAGAGCGGGAUCCUGCGCAUGUUCAACCGGGGUAGCGAGAAGAACGCGAGUGACGAGGGUAGCAGCGCGGCGCCCCCGCCGAUGCCCACUGCUCCUUCCGCGCGAGGGCCAGACUUCAAGCUGCCCGCCGAAGGCAGAGAGGUCGACGAGGGUGGAGACAAGCUUGGCGAUUUUACCAGCAGCAGCAAGAGCAGCAAUGGCCUAGCGGCCCCUGCUCUGGCUUCCAUUCGGCCCGUCUCCAGCAUGCUUGCCGGCUUCUCACCGGCCUUUAUCGGAGAUGACAAGCCCACCACGACGCCCGGCCUCUCACCUGUCGAAGCAGCUGCGAGCGCUCUCGAGGGCAAGCAAUCGCUGCCUGCUACCAAGGCAAAUCAGUUGGCAAGCUCUCGCGGCCACUCACCUGCGGACAUUGCCAUUCCUGCCGCCUCUGAGCGCAAGUCGCGCGAUCAGGCUAAGACGCCUACGGAUGGGUCUGGGGCAAGGGAGAGUAGCGUUUUCCAUUCGCCCGCGACAAGCCCAGGGCACCUGCCCAUGAACGCUGCCACGAAUGGGGCGUUGUCAGGUCGAGAUGAUGGAUCAGCUGAUGAUAGCAUGCUGCUCCCUUUGAGACCCAGUAAAGCACCGCAGCGCUCAGGCAGCGAGAGUGGACAGACGCUCGCCCUGCCCGCGUCAGGCAAUGGUCCAGAUGCUCGAUCAAGGCAGCUCAGCGUUGGCGGAAGCAGUAGCACCACUCGUGCCGAGUGGGAGCGUGAGCGCACCCCGUCAGCGCACAGUUCCGAGUUAGAGCCAUCCAAUCCUCACCUCGAAGUAGUCAACGGCUUCCCUGCUGCGCCCGCCUCACCCUCCCCGUCCUCUGCGGCAGGUACAGACAGCAACGAUGUGACCCUCGCAGUCAAGAACCGUGUCGCGACAAUCGAAGCGCAAAUGGCUGCUCUGGUUGACGAGCUUCGCCACCUUCGUGCCACGCACAUGCCUCCGCAGAGCAGCUCCUCGCUACCACCGCCAACUUCAGCCACCUCUUCUGCCGAUGGUGGAGCCGGCUCCAGCCCCAUACCAAGUUGCGACAGCUGUGGCUGCAAUUGUGCUGAUAUGCGAAGGCUUCAAGCGGAGAACGAGAUGCAGGUCCUCAAGGGGCUUGGGACGAGCGUCAUGGAUCGAGGGCGGGGCGUAAAGAAGAGACACGACGAGACUAUUGCAACUAGGUUUGGAGGGCUGUGAGGGGGCGGGGACAGGAGAAGAAUAGCAUUCCAGGACGAUUGGAGCAGACACGACGACGAUCGAUGGAUGGAUGACGACCACCUAUUUGAAUAAUACCCUACCUGACCACUCUACUGCCCUAAUACAAGGAACGGCAACGUUAACCUUUGUACUUUCUCUCUCUCUCGCGACCGACUCGUUCUCACUACUCGCUAUCCUCUCUAUAUCCCUCCGCAAAUCUCCAUCGACAUGCAUACCUCA